GUUAAACCACUUGCAAGGUGCAAGUUGCAAUAAUGCAAUGUGUAUAAGAGUAGAACUCUGAAUUACAUAGCAUGCAAGAAAGCUCCAACCUUUGAGCUAGAAGUCAUGCAAUUCACACACUACUCCUUUCUCUUUCUCUUUCUCUUCUCCCUCCUUGUCCAGUCAAUCACAGCUUUCCAAUCUAGCAAAACUCUUGAUGAGUUCAUCAAGAAGAGUUGUCAAGUGAGCAGGUACUCAGAGCUUUGCUACUCUUCCCUCUCCUCCUCCUACACAGGGGAUCCGGACCUCGGGAAGCUAUCGUACGCUGCCAUCAGGAUCAGCCUCGACCAAGCCCUUGAUACAGCUCAUUAUGUAGAUGAAACCAGCACCAGUAGUAGCAGCAGCAGCAGCAGCAGCAGCGGAGCUGAAGAACUCGUCCCCGUUCGGGACUGCAUGGAGCUCUCUAAAGACGCCGUUCAUCAGGUUAAGAAGUCGUUGGAUCAGAUGGCGAGGGUUCUAAGGGAGGAUGAAGUUGAGAAUUCGAGGAAGAGGAGAUUUGAGAUGAGUAAUGUGCAGACAUGGAUGAGUGCCGCGAUAACAGACCAAGACACUUGUGUUGAUGGGUUUAGCCAAGUUCACGGUGGAAAGCUGCAAAAUCAGCUCACUGCCAAGGUUGAGAUGCUGCUCAAGUUUAUUAGCAAUGCUUUAGCUUUGGUCAAUUAUUUUGUCCAGUCUUCCCAUUAAUUAGAAGCUACAAGAUCCUACUUUUUUUUUUUUUUUUCUGCUGCAAUCAGCUAUUGCUAUACGCUAUAGAUUAUUAAUUGGUA